CCUCUUCCUUUCCCUUCCUCUCCUUCUCCCUCUUCACCUGUGUCUUUUCCCAUCGCUCUCAACCUCUACCUUUCCCUGUACAUUCCGUCUGUCCUCCUCGCUCUCCAUCUUGCAUUCCUUCUCCAGCCAUGGACCACCUCGUCUCAGAGCGCUUGAAGUUUUCUUUGUCGUGGAGAGAUUUUACGUGCCGAAAGUAAGGAGGGGGAGAAGAGAGACGACAGACAGAGGGAGAGAGAGAGAGAGAGAGAUACAUAGAGGGAGAGAGUAACUCUGUGUUGCAUUUUCUUCGGUGAGCAGAGUGGAGGAGCCGACAGCUCCUGUGAGAACCAUGUGACUGGUUACUAAGCGCCACGAAGCUAUUCUCCCCCUCUUGUUUCAGCGAUGAGUGGAUGAGGAGGAGGAGGAGAGGAGGAUGUUUUCUGUUUCGCUCAAGUGCCGGUUGGGGGUCAUCAGACGAAGGAUCAAGGAUGACGGGCCUUACUCUAAGAACAAGGAGCCCUCAGGGACAGACCAUACCCUGGGCACCCGGAGGCACAGCAUCCCAGAAGCGCUGCGGGGGGUCACCAUCGUGGAGCUGUUGAAGAAGGAGGGGAGCACUCUGGGUCUCACCAUCUCUGGAGGAACCGACAAGGACGGAAAACCACGGGUCUCCAACCUGCGACCUGGCGGCCUCGCAGCCAGGAGCGACCAGCUCAACGUGGGCGACUACAUCAAGUCCGUCAACGGCAUCAACCUGACGAAGCUUCGCCACGAGGAGAUCAUUAGCCUGCUGAAGAACGUGGGGGAGAGGGUGGUGCUGGAGGUGGAGUACGAACUGCCCCCUACAGCUCCAGAUAGCUCCUCAGGGGUCAUUUCUAAGACCAUCGAGAUGUGUUUACAGAAAGAGGGCACCAGCUUUGGCUUCGUCAUGAGAGGAGGCUCCCAUGAGGACUGGCACAAGUCCCGCCCCCUAGUGGUGACCUAUGUCAGACCAGGAGGACCUGCAGACAGAGAGGGCACCUUGCGUGCGGGUGACCGUCUCCUGAGUGUGGACGGCGUGCCCCUCCACAACGCCAGCCAUGGCGAUGCCCUCAGCGUGCUGGCACAGUGUGGCCAGGAAGCUCUGUUCCACAUCGAGUACGACGUCUCCAUAAUGGACACAGUAACCAACGCAUCAGGACCCUUAUUGGUGGAGAUUGCCAAGUCACCAGGGGCAACGCUGGGUAUUACCUUGACGUCAGCCACUCACAGGAACAAGCCGGUUAUUGUCAUCGACAAGAUCAAGGCUGCCAGCGUGGUGGACAGGUGCGGAGCGCUGCAUGUCGGUGACCACAUCCUGUCCAUUGAUGGGACCGGCACGGAGCACUGCUCGGUGCUGGAGGCCAUGCAGCUCCUGGCCAGCACCUCGGACCAGGCCAGGCUGGAGAUCCUGCCAGCUCACCACAGCAGGCUGGCCAGCAAGCCUCAGGACACGGUGAAGGUCCAGAAGAGCGACCACCCCCACUCCUGGGACCCAUGUGUCAACUUCUGCCACACCCCUAACCCCCCGCUCGGCCACACCCCCAACGCCCAGAACUCCCACAACAAGACUUCUACUUGGACCGCCUCCAGCACAGUCUCCACCAAUCAGGAGUACUGCAAAUCCUUGGUCUCCAGCAGCUUCUCCCCAGGCUCCACCACCACCUCGGGCCCCAGCAGCCUCAGCUCCAGCACCUUGCCCAGAACUACAGUUCCCAUGAGCCCGCGCAACUCCAUGCUAAAAAGAAGGCAAAGGAAAAAAGAACACAAGAGUUCCCUAUCCUUGUCCUCCAGCUCAGUGGGCCCAGGAGGUCAGGUGGUCCACAUUGAGACCAGCGAGGUGGUUCUGAGAGGCGAUCCGCUUAACGGGUUUGGAGUCCAGAUACAGGGGGGCAUCUUCGCCACGGAGACUCUCUCGGCCCCCCCGCUCAUACGCUUCAUCGAGCCAGACAGCUCCGCAGAGAGGUGUGGUCUGCUGCAGGUGGGAGACAGACUGCUGUCCAUCAACGGAAUCCCCACGGAGGACGGAACCCUGGAGGAGGCCAAUCAGCUGCUCCGAGACGCCGCGCUGACCAAUAAGGUCACUCUGGAGAUUGAGUUUGAUGUGGCAGAGUCGGUAGUCCCAAGCAGUGGAACAUUCCACGUUAAGCUUCCCAAGAAGAGAGGAGUGGAGCUGGGAAUCACUAUUAGUGCCAGUAAGAAGCCAGGAGAGCCUCUGAUCAUCUCAGAUAUCCAGAGGGCCAGCAUGGCACACAGGACUGGUACUCUGGAGCCCGGGGACAAGCUGCUGGCCAUUGAUAACGUCCGCCUGGAGAGCUGCUCCAAGGAGGACGCAGAGCACAUCCUGCAGCAGUCUGAAGACCUGGUCAAGCUCAAGAUACGCAAGGACGAAGACAACUCAGACGAGCAGGAGACCUCCGGCUCCAUCAUCUACACGGUGGAGCUGAAGCGCUACGGAGGCCCCCUAGGCAUCACCAUCUCAGGCACCGAGGAACCCUUUGACCCCAUCACCAUCUCUGGGCUCACCAGGAGGGGGCUGGCCGAGAGGACGGGGGCCAUCCACGUAGGGGACCGUAUCCUGGCCAUCAACAGUGUGAGUCUGAAGGGGAAGCCACUGAGCGAGGCCAUCCACCUGCUGCAGAUGGCCGGGGAGACGGUCACGCUGAAGAUCAAGAAGCAGCUGGAUGCCUCGGAGGAGAAGAAGAGGGAGGAGGGGGAGGAGGAGGAGGACCUGGAGGGGGAGGACACCACGGAGCUGAGCGACGGCGAAGACGAGCUGACCGACUCCCAGCGCACCAACAAGCUGUCAGAGAUCUACUCCACCACCAUCCCCAGUGUCGACUCCGCCAUGGAGUCCUGGGACGGCUCCGGGCUCGACGCCGGCUACGGCAGCCAGGGUACCUACCUACAUCAGGCCGCGGGAGUGGCCCUGCACCCCCAUGAGUGGAGGAGUGCCAACCAGAGGAGCAGCCCACCCCCUGCUGGACGCAGGAAGAACUACCCCUUCAGUGACGGGGGCUUCAGCGAGGACGACUGGGACAAACCUACUGGGUUCCCCAGCCAACCCAGCCAUGAGGAUAGAUACACCAUACAGGUCAACCCUCUACUAGAGGAGAGGUAUGUCACCCACUCCAACCCGCUCCACCAAGACAGGUAUGCCAACCAAGGGCAUUAUGCCAACCAGGGGCACCAGGAGAGCAGGUACGCCAGCUACCCCAACCCCAGCCAGGAUGCCACGUAUGCCAAUCAAGAGGACCAGGAGGGCAGGUAUGCUAGCCACCCCAACCCCAACCAAGACGGCAUCUUGCUGGAUCCAGAGGACAGCUUCUGGUGCCAGGCUCUGGAGGACCUGGAGACGUGCGGACAGGCAGAGCUGCUCAGGGAGAUUGAGGCUUCCAUAAUGACAGGUAGUGGAAUCACCCUAGGGGUGUCAGGCGGCCAGCCUGCCCUAGACCCCCUCUCCCAGGCUGGGCACAGUCCUCUGAGACGCCCCCCUAUGCUGCACCCGGAGCCUAAGAGCAAGGCCUCCCUCCGCAUGUCCGAGAGGACCUGGGAGUCUCGCAGGAUCAAGGAGGAGAUGCAGGAGAUCCUCUCUCCUACACCCCUAGAACUGCACAAGGUGACGGUGAUGAAGGAUCCGGAGAGUGAUGACUUUGGCUUCAGUGUGUCGGAUGGUUUCCUGGAGAAAGGUGUUUACGUCAACAUGAUCAGGCCUGAUGGGCCUGCUGACAGGGCGGGCCUCAGGCCUUACGACAGGAUCCUCCAGGUGAACCAUGUGAGGACGCGGGACUUUGACUGCUGCCUGGCGGUGCCCCUGAUCACAGAGGCAGGGGACCGCCUGGAGCUGGUGAUCAGCAGGAACCCCCUGGCCCAGGAGAGCCCCCCACUGCCCUCCGCCGCCCUGCACAACCACUCCCACACACGCACCAGCACCAUGGACCUGUGACCACACACACACACACCUUGGCGUGCUCACACACACACAACAAACCUGAAUUGACUGGACCUCCGGCAGAACAAACAUCAACGCAAACACAUGCAUAGACACACAUUCUUGUGAUAGACCCAUGCACCUGUGAUCCCCCUUGCCCCCCAUUGACACACACACAUUCACAAAGUGUUUCAUGACAGUGACAAUCAGCCCAUACAGAAUCAACAUGGUACAGAAGAAAAAGAAGCUGUUUUUGUAGAUUCCUGAUGUUCUUUUCAUGUCUUACCCCUUUCUGCCAGCAUCUCCGUUGACUACAGCCAAGUCAAGUGAACUUUGACCUUGGAGAUGGAACUGUUUAAAUUUAGACCUGUUUGUUUGUUUGGAGAUCUGACUUUGUAAAGGGGGUGGGGUGGCUAUGGAAGAACCAAGCUGCUGUGAAGUUAUUUCUUGUGUGUGUGUGUGUGUGUGUGUGUGUGUGAGAGAGAGAGAUGAUAUUCUAUGUGAAUGUUGAAUGGCUAAACAAGAUAUUGAUGAAAUGAAUUGGCUUACCAUGGGUUAAGUUUCCCUGAUGUGCUCUUUACAUGCACACACACACACACACACACACACACACACACACACAGACUUGCACUUCUGCCUCUCAUCCUGAAACUGUGCAGCACCAAGACCCCACAUCUAAUGAACAGGAAGGACACAAUCCCCUCCCCUCUCCUCUCCUCUCCAGGAUUCCUACCCAGGUUUCCUGACA